AUGGGACCGCCACCGCUACCUUCACCAAAAGCAACCAGGCCUUCGAUGGAGAAGAAUGGCGACAACAAUGUCCGUCAGGGAACCAAGCGGCCGAGCGAGACGUCUCUCCAUGAUCAAAUGCCCGCGGACAAGGUUCAACGCAUUGAAACUUCUCGUGAGACUCGCAAUGAAGCGCCUGAAAAGAAAGCACUUACUGCACCGCAGCGUCAAGAGCUGAAGGCUGUCGAUACCAGCAGAUCAGUGGAAAGGUCGUCUCCCGGCUACCGUAUCCGGGCCGCCGCUGAAGAAAGUCCUAAGGUCAGUAGGCCAGUGCAACCGCGCCCAACUUCUCCCCGUCGGCACGUAGCAAGAAGCGUCAGUCCUCCAUCGCUUGCAAAACGAAUUUCAUUGCCGGACAACCACACCUUCAGCCGCCGAGCUCCAGAAGAAAAUUUAUCAUCGUCACGCGCUGCGCAUACUUCCAAUGGUAAACCGCCCUACAGUAAAGAGCAUUCUCCAGAUCGCCGCUCAUACGGCAGACCUCGUUCUCCGGUUCCGCAAGACUGGCCCAGUGGUCACAAUAGGAGCCGCGACUACGAUUCGAACCAUCAUUCACGCAGCGUACACCACGAUACCAAAGACGAAUACUCCCACUCUAACCACCUGAGCCGGGACAACUCUCGGGGUCGGGGCCGCGGCCGUGGAGGACACCCUCCAUCUCGAGUAGAGGAGGCUCGACAAAACAGUGCAAGAGAUCUACAAGCGGAGUCUUCCUUGGUCCAUCCGCGUCAAGGAGGUAAUCGAUACUUCAUAAUAAAGUCAUGGAAUCACGAGAACGUCCAGAUUGCACAGCGGGAUGGCACCUGGGCCACCCAGCCGCACAAUGUGGAGACCUUCGUCGAAGCUUUCAAGACCUGUCGAAAUGUCAUCCUGGUCUUCUCGGUCAACAAGAGCAUGGCCUUCCAAGGAUACGCCAGAAUGGAAUCCGUACCCGGUACCGCGCCCGAACCAUCCUGGACCAAGAAACUACUCUGGCCAUCCUCGCCACCCUUCUACAUCCGCUGGAUCACGAUAGCAAACACGCGCUUCAGCCGCGUUGGCCACCUCAAGAAUGCGCUCAACGAGAACCUGGCUGUGCUCGUUGGCCGGGAUGGACAAGAGAUUGAACAAAACUGCGGAGCUGCCCUCUGCGAACUUAUUGACGAAGAGAGCCGUCGGGUGCAUUGA